AUGUCAAGCCCAAUCAAAGCAGAUAUAUCUAGUAUCAAGGAUGCUGUUAGUUAUGAAAAAUUUAAAGAAAAGUUUUCUGCGCUAGAGUUUGUGGAUAAUCUUACCUCUUCAAUGAUGGCUGCUUCUAAACGCAGCACUUCGCCAGUCAAAGCUAUUGUAUUCGACCCAAAACCAUUUAUUCGGGCAUUUGACAUGGCCAGUGAUGAACUCUUACGUCUCAAAAAGCGUGUUCAAGCUAAAAUUGAUGACCAAGAGGAUCAAGCAGCUGCCUCGGAAUCACAACGACAACGGAAACUAAAGUCAUUUGGAGAUACUUUUGACGAUGUGCAUCGUGCAUUUGAAUCUUUGGAUUCAAGAUUAAGCGAGGUUGGAAAUACUGCAAUUCGAAUUGGUGAACAGCUUGAAACCAUUGACAAGCAAAAGACUCGUGCAGCCGAGGCCAAGGAUCUCAUCCAAUAUUUUCUCGAGUUCAACAAAGGCAUAUUUACUCGUCUUGACACGCUCCGACAAAGCGAACCUGAUGGAGGCUACAAGGCUGCUAUUAUUGCACGACGGUUGAAUACCAUUGCAAAAGAAGUGGAUAUUGCCGAUACUGAAGCUGCACGAGCAAACAUUGAAAAAUACUGCGAAAAUCUUGAAAAAAGCUUGCUUGUAGAGUUUGAUCAAGCUUACUCUCAAGGGGAUGGAUCUACCAUGAACAAAAUCGCAUGUACUCUUCUUGAUUUCAAUGGUGGUAGCUCGUGUGUGCAGACAUAUGUCAACCAACAUGCGUUUUUCAUCAAUCUACUUAAAAUUGCUGAAAUGGAUCAAGAAUCAACCACAAACAUCAAAGAAGAUUUUUCCGAGGUUGACCCUGCAUUGAUUCGACUGUACGAGGAAAUUACUGUUGCAAUUCAUAACGAAUGGAAGGUUAUUUUUGUUGUGUUUCCCAAUGCUGCAUCUGUCAUUCAAGUUUUUGUGCAGCGUAUUUUUGCUCAAUCGAUUCAAAAUUAUUUGGAAGGGCUACUUGAGCGUGCCAGAAAUGAUAGUCCAGUAUCGUUUCUGCAGGCAUUGGCACACUCGCAUGCUGCCACAGCCAAAUUGGUUACCGAUUUGCAUCGAUUUGAUGAAAAAGUCAUUUCAAAAGCUCUUGGAUCACCAGCAUUAUCAAGUCUGUUAAACAGAUCUUUUGAAGAUCUGUUUGUUCCAUAUCUCGAAAAUAGUCGAUACAUUGAUAUGGAGCUGACAUGGCUUUCAGAAAAACUGCAAAACAAUCUGGGAGCUCUCCAAUCAAGCUUGUUUAUCAAGACAAAAACAAUGUUUCAUCAUCGCAAGGCAUUAUCACGAUCACAGCAAUCAUCGCCAACAAAGGAAACAGCAACUCCCUUGACUUCAAAUGCAGUCAUGUCGUCCAUCAUGUUAACUGUUGCAAACACCAUGAGCACCGUGUCUGCAAUGAGUAGUGAGUUGGGCACCCAGCUUUCUGGAUCUCCUUUGGGACAAAAUUUUCCUGCUACUCCGUCCGCGGAUGGAUGCUGGGUUCCGACUGUAAAGGAUGCAACCAAAUGUUUUUCUGUAUAUAUGCAAAGUGUGCAUCGUAGCAAGGAGCUGGCACAAAUGACUGAUUUAUCACUUUGUCUAAGCUUACUGUUUAAACUGUUGGUCAAGGAACUUGGAGCUUCAUCCAUAUUGGUUGGACUUGAUGUUGAGCUUGAGGCGCUGCAUGCUAUCGAUCAUAAAUCCGAACCCGAGUUUGGGCAGCUUAAAGUGAUUAAAACAGUAACAAAAAUACUACAAAUAUUUCAACACCAUUUCCAAGCACAACUUAUUCCCAUGUUAGCCAGCUCUCCAACUCUGCAGCGUGAAAUGAUGAUUUUUAAAAAUGAAUUUUUCUCGGCGAUUGAAGAAAAGUUGAAUGCUAUAAUGCAGCGAAAGAUUGCUGUGGUGGCAUCUUGGAUGGAAGUUUUGUUUGCUCGACAAAAAAAGAGUGAUUUCAAGCCACGAGAUGAUAUUGUUGCUGUGUGCAAUCAAGUAGUCGAUUUUAUCCAGCGUGUUCGAGACGAAGCUCAUGUCUCGCUUGAUGGAGAAAAUUUAGAGUCAUACCUCACAGAAGUGGGUACACUGCUCCAUUGUCUUUUGCUGGAUCAUUUCAAGAAAUUUCCGGUUAGCUAUGCAGGAGGGCUUGUUUUGACAAAGGACGUGAGCAAGUACCAUGAAGUCAUCAUGACAUUUAAAAUCACGCUACUGGAUGAGCGGUUUGACAUGAUCAAGGAAUUGGGGAACAUGUUUAUAGUCAAGCCAGAGAAUUUAAAAUCGGUAAUCAAUGAAGGUUAUCUUGGAAGAAUUGAGAUGCAGUUACUUCAUCCGUACCUUUCACUUCGAGCCGACUGGGCCAAAUUAUCCAAAAUUGAACACGAACUGUUUGAGAUGAACGAGAUUCACGCAUGA